UUUAAUUCGGACCAGUAUCGGGUUUGGUUAACAAAACGCUGCGUUUAAAAGUUUCUUUUUUCACAUCGACUGGAGCAAAUGGAACCAAAGAAAACUGUAUCGUCAUGUCUUGAGUCUCUGCUAAAACCCUACUUGAGCAACCACUGCACUACAACAACAAUGGCGUCAACUGCUAAAACCCUAGACAAGAUGAAAACCGUGGAAGAUCCCGAUGUGGGUAUUUCCUGCUUCAUCUUCCAGCUCCCGUUCUUCUGCGGUAUUCUCAAACAGAGUUACUCGGAUUAUAUUGUUAAUGAAGUGGACAUGGAUGGCAAUGUUGUUCACCUGACAUCCUUAGAUAUGCCCCUCCUGAGAUGGAUGUGGAGGAGGAAGAAGAAACAAAAACUUCAGAUAAUCUGUAACAGAUGUUAUGCUUCUGGAAUUGAGUCGUUCAGAUCAAAUUCCGGUGCCAUGGAUGCAGGGCGGUUGGAAGCCAUGAUUAAUCAAAUCACGUCAAGAAUUGAUGGGAAUUCUCAAUUGCUAGCAUGACUUGGUGGUCAUAGAAGGGAUUUUCCAGAAGCCAGUGGACUUUCGAAUGGUUUUUAGCUUAGUUCUUCCUCUAGUUUUGGUGUCUGGAACUUAUGGUGGCAGAGACUAACAACCUCUGGUCAUUGAUGACUUAGACUGACAGUAAAGGGCCAUUGCCAUCUCGACAGGAUAAUCGAAUGUAAGACAUUUGAAUGAUGAUGUCAAAGAUGGAUCUGUCCAAGAUGAGUUCCUUAAAUCUGAUACUACUAAGUACGAAACCACCUGAAUCGUCCGAGAAUGAUAUGAAAGAUCAAACAGAAGGUGAAAGGGGGGAAGAAGUACGGAUAUGGGAAAUUCUUCUUUUC